CUCUUUGGUCGGGCCUUUUUUAACCACGUCCCCACUCUUCGGAGUCGCGAACAGGUUGCGUGGACUUUCUCCUUCUUGGGUAAAAAACAGAUUGACCACCUUUCUUAUUGGAGAAUGACUGCGGCGAUCACCCCUUUAGGGAGAUCCGCCAAGUCACCGCAACUUCCGAGGCGGUCCUCCUCGUGAUGCCAUGCAUAGUUUCUCCCAACUGCUCACCUGAGAAACCGGGCUACGUCUCGUCGGUAAUCGUCACAAGUCUGAAUCUGCGGAGAUGGCAGCCAUAAGCAAAGACCCGGACUCGUUAGUCUGCUGCAAGGAAGCCGCAGAUGGCGUCCCGGCCGAUCAGAUAAUACGAGAUGAGAAGACCACCACCACCCACUCAGGUCCGAGCCCGCCAUGUCCGCCGUUGCACAGCCACCCCCGGCUCUGCGCGGCCGUGGACACGCUCCCCGUCAUCAGGCUCGGCAAGACCAAAAGCACCUUCGCACCGGCAAGGCAGGCCCGGCUCAGGAACAGCCUGUCGCCCGUGGUCGGCCUCCUCGAGCUCGCCAACGCGGGCGACUUCGCCGCCAACGUGUGGAACGAGGUGCCCGUGCCCACGCACGCCGUCGUCCUCAUGGCCGUGGGCGGCGUCUUCGCCCUCGCCAUGUCGGCCUUUGCCUUCCGCGACGCCCGCGCCAGCUGGCCCAACGUGUGCCUGCUGCUCGAGCAGCGCCGGCGGCUCCGCGGCGAGAGGGCGGAGCGGCUGAAGGAGCAAGAAGAAGGAGGAAGAGGGGACGAGUCGCGGGUGCGCGGCAUCGACGUCCUGAUAGACGUCGUCUGGCGCGAGCUCGGGACCGAGGCCAUCAGCCGCUUCGGCCUCGACCUCCUGCUGGGCGGCGGCGCCGUCAUGAUCGGCGUCGGCACGCUGAUGGCCAUCGGCGGCGCCGACAGGAAGGUCUGGCUCGCUAGCAACCUGCUGUCCGGGUACGUGGGCAACGCGCCGCUGGCCAUGUACGCGCUCGUCAACUGCGCGUGGUCGUGCUACAUCUGCGCCAGAGCGGGCCAGCACUGGGCGGCCGCGUCGGCGGCGCUGAAGCAAAGGGGGAAUAAGAAGCAGCAGGAGGAGGGGGGACGGGGCCCGGAUGAACAUCUCGGAGGCCACCCGGCAGUGUGGGCGGCGGUGCGGCGGCGUGCGCGCAGCCUGCAGCUCUACACGGCCAUUGUCGGCGUGGCCAGCAUCCUGGGCGGCGCGGGCUCGCUCAUGACCGCGACCAUGUGGUACGGCUAUGUCAUCCUGACGCCCGUCGUCGUCUCGUCGGUCCUGUGCAACGUCUGGUGGCGCAGGGGGCUCGGCUACGACAGGCCCCUCUUUGGCGACGGUGACGGCGAGAACCUCGACAUGAGCGCGGCGUCGCUCACCGCGGAGAUGGAGUAUGUGGCUCGCGCGCAGGACGCCUUCAGGCGGGACCCGACGGCGGCGGCCGGGGAGCUGGGGGCCGACCUCGGGUCGCUCGAGUCGGUCCUGGGGUUCAUUGUCGCCAACGACCUGUUUGAGGACCUUUGUCUCCGGCUGCUCGGGGACAGGGAGCUGGCGCCUCGGCUUUUCCCCGUCCAGGGCGAGAGUUUCACAAUCAAAGCGGCUGGUCUGCUUGAGGCGGCGCGGGGGGAGAAUGAGGGCCGUGUGUUGGGAGCGGCGACGAAGUGCUUGCAGGAGGACGGACUGCGGAGUUUACGGUCGAGGGAGCGGUAUUUAGCGGAGGCUCUUAUGAAUUACCUGUACAUGUCUCGUUUGGCAGCAUGACUAGAUGUAUGCAAGUAGAUACAUCUUCCGAGCCAGUGUCAUAUGUGUAACACGGGCUGUGAUGAACAUUUUUUAAGAAUACAUAUCUUUUUUAUUUUCC